AUGGCGGCCCGCCAGUCAACACCAUCCGAUUCGCAUUCAGACAGCAACGUUCGCAAGCGUGUAUGCAAGGCCUGCGAUCGGUGUCGACUGAAGAAAUCCAAGUGUGAUGGAGCCAGUCCAUGUUCGCGAUGUCGAGCAGACAAUGCCAUCUGUGUCUUUGGCGAGCGAAAGAAGGCCCAUGACAAAGUAUACCCCAAAGGAUAUGUGGAAAUGCUGGAGCAACAGCAAGCCUGGCUGGUCCAUGGCCUCCAGGAACUGUAUCGACGGACCACCGAGGGGGAAGGCUGGCCGGGCGAUCGCCUGAAGCUCGAACCGAAUGGCCACCCGCUGACACACGACCUGUUAAUGAGACUCGGUGCCCUGGAUCAUUCCAAGGGCGAACGUUUCGAAGAAAAUCCCGACGCCCUGCAGCAGGAGCUGUGGCGUACCAAUGCCGGCAUGCAGCGCCAGGAAUCGUCCGAUGGGAGCUCCGACAGUGCCCAGUCGCCCGUUGCCCGCUCGCACUUUUCGUCGGAUGCUUUUUCCCAGGCCCUGCCCCCCACGCCGCCCGCAUAUAGUCCAUCGACCCGGACCCCGAUCAAGGCUGAACCCCAGAUGGCUGCCAAUCCACCCUUUGCGCCGGUGUCCAUGCCGGGCGUCGUGAAUCCGCUCGCCCUGCAGGGCUCGCAGUGGCCCAACAGCGGGUUCAAUCCAUUCGAUGAAAUGGACAUGAUGACCACUGCCGAUUACUCCAACCUGUCCUUCGAUGACCAGGUCCCGUCGCCCAUGUUCAAUCGCCAGAUGCCCAUGAACUGUGUAUCGUCGACACCAUAUCUGGACUCCAAAAAUGACUACGACGACUUGAACCAAUUUCUGAAUCCGAAUCCCACGGAAAUUACUUCGAUUUGA